AUAUAUAAGCAGCCGCGCUUCCUUAUCAAACCCUAGUGUCUCUCUAACCCUAGCUGAUUUCUCAGUUCAUUUCAGCAGGUCGCCGAUUGAAGACGGCGCCGUCAACCGGUAAACAUGGUGCACGUCUCCUUUUACCGCAACUAUGGGAAGACCUUUAAGAAGCCUCGACGUCCUUAUGAGAAGGAGAGGUUGGAUGCAGAGUUGAAGCUUGUUGGAGAGUAUGGACUAAGGUGCAAAAGGGAGUUGUGGAGAGUUCAGUAUGCUUUGAGCCGUAUCAGGAAUGCUGCAAGAAUGCUUCUGACCCUUGAUGAGAAAGAUCCACGUCGUAUUUUUGAAGGUGAAGCUCUCUUGAGGAGGAUGAACAGAUAUGGAUUGUUGGAUGAGAGCCAGAACAAGCUCGAUUAUGUCUUGGCACUCACUGUCGAGAACUUCCUUGAACGUCGUCUGCAAACCCUUGUGUUCAAGACUGGCAUGGCUAAGUCAAUUCACCACGCAAGAGUGCUCAUCAGGCAAAGGCAUAUCAGGGUUGGAAGGCAAGUGGUGAAUGUUGCUUCAUUCAUGGUGAGAGUGGACUCUCAGAAGCACAUUGACUUCUCUCUAACCAGUCCUUUUGGUGGCGGUCGUCCAGGAAGAGUGAAGCGAAAGAACCAAAAGUCUGCUGCCAAGAAGGCUGCUGGCGGUGAUGGUGACGAGGAAGAUGAAGAAUGAGCUUUUGCGUAAGAACCCAAAGAAAGCUGUCUGGCGAUGGAACUGUUAAUUUUUGAAGUUUUUAGUUACCUAUGUAGUGCUUCCUUACAUUCCUUUCUUCGAUAUUUUGAUAUCUUCUUAUAUUAGAAAGAAAUGUUCUUAGGAGAGAUUGUGAGAAUAUUUUUAUAUUUGGAUUUUGAACUGAUCUUUAGAGUUUCAA